GAUAAUAAUAAUAAGAAUGAUGAUGGUGGAAACAAAGUUAAACGACAAGGUGCUCUUCGCCAUAAAAAUAUAUUCAACGUUAAAAACCAUUUGUUUUUGCCAAGAUUUUUUAUACAACCAACCUUUUGCAGUCACUGUAAAGAUUUCAUCUGG